CUGACGUGCAGUCGAGGCCAGCGAGGAGACGAGUACGCAUCCCAUGUUCGCAUUACAAGAAGACAUCUCUCCACCGCUCUGAGUGGGCUAUGUUUUUUUCCCAUGGAAUGUGGACGAGACAGUUGUAGCUCUAGUUUGUGUUGGAGUUAAGUGUGAAUCGAAAAUGCACGGAUUAAAGGAAACGUGAGCAGGAUUACAAGAGAUUAAAGUAGACGAUUGUUAAACGCUUUCGACGGCGCUCAGUUAAACUCAGUAGCAAAGAUUUUGAUAGUAAUAAGUAAGUGACUGAUAGGUCGAGACAACACUAUGGCGGGCACGGAAGGAUAUACUCUUCUGGAUGACCAGGACCACGCUAUGAACACCACGUAUAGUGGGUCAAUCAUAAAUAUCCCUGAUAACCCUGACCAGGCCGAAGCCAUGUCACCUGUCAAUGUGACGGAUGCAAAUCUUCACUUGUUCCUGUACUCCACUGUAGAUACCUUAUUAGUUACGGCAGUCAUGCCGCUUAUUUUCACCAUCGGGGUAUUGGGAAACCUUGCCGUUAUUGCCGUGUUUGUACGCGUACGAUCAAUGCGAACGGUCACUAAUCAUUAUUUGGUCAGCCUGGCCGUGGCAGACUUGACUUUCAUCCUGCUCUCGGUGCCACAAUUCUGGGUCAUGUACGCGACCUCCCCGCUCUUCGGAGACUACCGGGUCCUGCAGUCCGGCUACUGCAAACUGACUAUUUACCUGACUGAGUCCAGUAUCAUUGCUUCGUGUUUCACGGUCAUCUUGGUCACGUUUGAGAGAUACGUCGCCAUUUGUUGGCCACACAAAUUCAAAGAACUGAGCACGAAGCCGCGGGCGGUGUUGCUUUGCACCCUCGUCUGGGUGUUUGCGCUGGGUUACAAGAUACCUACCUUGUGCUUCUCGACUGUGGUGGAAAAAGAAAUCGUGUGGAUGAUCUCAGCCAAGACAGUCACGUACCCAGACUCUAUUUACACCUGUUAUUUUUGCUAUCCCGAGGAGUCCAACAUGUGCAACGCGUUUAAGAAAUCGCUGACAUUGGACCAGAUCAUGUUACUGAUGGUCAUACCCAUCACGAUGGUCAUGUACUCUUUAAUUGUCCUGCAGCUACAGAAACUUGCCAAGUCUACAAUGAUCAGGGGUACUGGUAGCAGCUCCUCCACCCGCAUGAAGAAACAGGUUGUACGCAUGCUGAUAGUCACCAUAACACUCUUCGUCAUAUGUAUGACACCCUUCCGUAUCCUCAACCUGUUCAACAUCUACAACUUUAAGCUACCGCCCAACUCCCAGUGGGUGUUAGUCAACGUGGGACGCAUCAUGUUGUACACAAACUGCUCGGUCAACCCGAUCAUUUACAACAUAAUGAGCGACAGAUAUCGCCAAGCGUUCCACGAUACGUUUCUCUGUUGUCUACCUAAACGCGGGGAGGCCAACCACGAGCAGUCAAGCUGUAACAGGAAAACCACCAAAUACACGGCAAGUAUGUGGGCGGAAACCAAAUGAAUCUUCGAAAUGUACCUCGGUAUAAACUUGGUGCCGUAGUUUCGACUACAGUCGAGAAACAAAAACAGAUUCUGUUAAGGCCGAUUUAUACUUCACGCGACUGUUAAUGCGAAGCAUAUGCAUUGUCACGGCAGUGCUGCGAUGUUUGUUAGAGUUGAAAUGAUCAACGCAUCCUCCCUGUAUACAAAACCUUAUAGUCCGUCGCAUUACAUUAUACUAGCGUUCGCGCUCAGUUUUGCGCCGAGUAUGGAUCGGUCUUGUAUUCCAAAUCAGAGUUUUUAUGCGGACAGCUCAGGCUUCGCAUUUACAUCAUAAAGCCAACUGAAUCAAUACUUUCCGUAAUCUGAUUGUGUAAAAGUUAAAACAUAUUGAAAAACCGGAGAUGAACCACAAGAAAACAACCAUGCGAUUAUUGUUGAGGGUUAUUCACGAUACAACCAUCUGUGAAUGUAAAUAAAUAUAGUUCAUUGUUGUAGCUCCUGUGGUAUAUGUCCCUCGGAUUAAUGCUUGACUACGUGGUUACCUCUGCAUUUGGACAAGUCGUUUUGAAGGAUACAAUGGGCAAAGUGUUUUUUACAUUGACAAAGUGUAAGUAUUCUGAAAUAAGUAUUCAGAUGCUAGGUUACUUUUUUAUGAGCAAGGGAAAUAUAUUUGUUACCGAAAGACAACGCUUCGAGACGACAGAGAGAAUUUGUGAUCGCGGUAGCAUCGUUCCACGAAGUAUCCACUCAUUAAUAUUGGUCCUAAAUGAACUUUCGAAUGUAUAUAGAUGACGAUUUAUUGUAUUUACUAGAGGACUUUUUUUUUGGAACAAGUGUGAAUUUUGUUUAGUUUCAGUGUUGAAUCGGUGGUUCUUUUUUUUUUUAAACGUAACCGUCGCUGAAAAAUGUAAAAAGAAUGGAAUUGUAAUCAACUUGUGAGCUUUUGUUUAAAUAAAUAGCUUUCUUUUAAUGCCCCAAAGUUGGCUGAUUGUAAAAGAAAAAAUAAUGGUAUAUAAAUGUAUAUAUUAAAUUAUCUUCAUGUGACAUUUUAAAUACGAUUCCACGUACAUACAUGGAAUUAAUCGAAAUACUAUUUUUUUCACGCACUGACGACACGUGUACGUGAAACAUUACACGAGUGCUAUUGUAAUAUUGUGAAAAGAUAUGACGAACGACCUAACAGCCAAAUAGGGCUUAUUGUCCAAAACAUUGCAAGAUUGUGAAAAUAUUUCAUCACAAAACGUUUGUACGUGAUCAGUGAUGUAUGCGCACAUAACUGUAUAGCUUAAAACUAAUGAAUGCCGUAGAUUGGUGUAACCAGUAUGAGUGUCAGUGGUCUAGUAGGCUCAUUUGUUAAAGCAUCAGGCACGUCGGAACAUUGCUAAUUACUAAGAAGCGAAUCUACCGACUAAAUAGCAAAAUGCUUGCAUAAAGUGAGGACAGGGCUGGCCCCACAUACCCUAUGAAUUAUUCUGUGUGAAAUGGUAUCCUUCGAAAGACAACAAAUCACUGAAGGUGAUUUAAAAAGUGUUCCAGCUGACACACAUUUACGCGCGUUAGCUACGGAGUCUGGUUACGAGACCCCAAAUUGUGUAUGUGUUUUCUCAAACUUUCGCAGGUUAGUUGCUAUGCAUCUUACUUGAGAUUUCAGCUAUUUUGUUGCGUAAAACGAACCAAAAAAGAAAAGAAAACAAAAACCAAAAGGAAAUGAUGCUUCGCACCUUUAAAUUGAUCAGAGUACCAAUAGUCAGCCGUUCUUGCUCACUGCUGUCCUCUCCCGAUCUUUGGAGGAAACAAUUCUGGUAUGUUUGUUUUGGUAUUCUAAUUGAUUUUAUUUUGCAACAUAGUUAUUCUGUCCUUUUAGUCCUGAUGAUAUGCUGGACCUUAACUUCGUAUUAAAUGUUUCACUGGAGAACAUUAAUAAUGGGUAGCACUUCAAUUUAUAAAAAAAAUCUGUCUUGGCCAGAAUAUUGUAUCUAUAAAAUCUGAGAUACAUGUCUGAAUCUACGCUUUAAGCAAUUCGAUUUGGGUUAUAUUUCAUUUUGGUGUAUGUGACGCACUAUCCCGAAACUAUGCCGAGAGGAGUAGAUAUGGUUCUCGACUUUUUUCGUACCUCUGGGAAACUGUAUUGAAAUAAUCAUGUUUCAGUGUUUAUACAACCAGAGGGGAGAAAUUUGACUAGAAACGGCUGAUAACAAAACGGCUCUUAUUGCGACGUCAGUUUCGUUUUGGGUUCUUUAUGUCACAUUUUAGUUCCCGAUGAUAUCAAUCAAUGUGACAGUGUCUCGUGUAAGACUGUAGUACCUCCAACUGCACUCAUAGGUCGGUUUGAACAUUGGAGGGUAUGCUUUUGAAAAGGAAACUCAACUCCAAAAACCCACUCCACAUUUUGUACCAAUAACCUCAAGGGAACCCGUUCUCUGUGACGCCCUUAAUGCAUCGAUUUUUUGCCAACAUUUGGUUUAAUUGAUAAUGACAUUAAUAUUUGUUAAUCUGAAUAUGUAAGUGACAGUACGAGACGCUGUAUACCUUUUACACAUACAAAGGGACCCGGCCUUACUCUGACUUGACUUGACAGAAAUGGAACAAACGAUACCAAGCAGUCACUACUACCGACAUGCAUGUACCUGACCAUGCCAUUAUGCCUGCACAUUUUGGUUAUGUAUUGCUUCUAUGAAAAGUGCAUGAUUUAACUAAUCAUUGGUUUGAUUGUGAAUGUGAUUUGAAACAACAUUAAGACAACAUGAGGACAAAGACUGAGUAACAUGACAAACAGAAAUUGAGGCAAGCUUCAAACCAAGCUUUCAUUCCCCGCCCUGUAUGUAUGGAAUACUUAACAAUUUGGGAAGGAAAGGAAAGGAAUAUGCCAAAUGACGGAUAGGACAGAUGGCUCGACCUAGAUGUGAAGUGGCUCAAUAUACUACGUAACAUAUUUUGGAGGAUGGCGGUAAAUUGUGCUGUGGAGGAACUUCACUAGAAUGUUGCACUUUAAUUAUGAGGCGGCACUUUAAUUAUGUUAAUAAUUCUCAGAUUAGCUUGGCUGGAAUGUCCCCAAAGCACUUUGAAUGUUGCCAGAACCAAACUGAGCAAACACGCUGUUCAAGUUGAUACUACAUUAUGCAAGCAGCACAGCUAUAAUUAGUUGAAACUCAUUAAUAAGCCAUUACAUAGAUACAUGCGACUGAGACAAUACAUCUUGCAGACCACCAGACUCGUAACAGUGACUGAAUAACGUGACUAAUUGAUUGACAUAGGUUCUUAUCUAAAGGCUGAAACGAUACCCUUUCUGAUUUCAACCAAGGACGAGCGACCACAAUAUCAAACGUACUGACCCUAAACUGCCGACUGACGUGACGUACGAUCAACGUAGCCUUUGUUUUCCCUGUGUUUUUGACGAUUGUUUUUACAACUAAGACGAUCUUAAUGGAUCACUGUCAGAAAAAAAACCUACAGCAUUGUCAAACUUGAGCCAUACGAUGCCCGUGUGACCUCACCAUGACGAUUUUCACGACGGACCAAUCACUUUGCUCACGUGACCAGUCGAGUUGACGUGUAUACUGUCCAAUAUUGUCAUGACUUUUUGUGGCCGUAAUCCGACGAUUACCUGUCUCAGACACCCAGACGAUAACGGUGACAGCGCAUAUUUUACUUACUGUAACUAAACGGCAGUCGGUGUUUCUGACUCACUUUUCAUUCGCUCAUCACUUGGGUUUUAACAUGGACACGCCGUCCGUGGCAUUUUGUCAAUUAUAAUUCCGUCGCGAAAAGGGUUAAAUGGCCGACUGGGAAUCCAACUGCACGAUUUUAAACACCGUGCCUUGCGGCGCAAAGACGGUCUGUGAAUAUGAUUGCUUAAACGAGUACAUUUUUUUGACUAAAAAAA